AUGGUACAAGCAGCACAAAUGAAAAGUGCAUUAUGUCGGCAUGAAAUCAAAAGUCCAUCGUUUGAUAAUAAAGUGGAUGGCGCAGGGUAUGUACAAGCAGAAUUAGAAGUAAACCCAUAUGCAGUGGAAAAUAAGCUCUUGCGUAAACUAUUGCAAGAAGUUGAAUCUAAAUGCGAUAUCCUCAACGAAAAUUGCGGUUUGCUAAGAGACAAAAUAGUUUUUCUAACUGACAAACUCAGUAGAUAUGAAGAAAAAGCGGAUAACACAAGCAAAAACGCUAAUUCUGAUAAAUGCAAAUUAUCAGUAAAAAUUCGUCAAACGAAUCAUGUCGAGAUUCCUAUCAUGAAUGAAUCAUCCUCGGAUUUACCAACACAAGCUACUUAUAGUUCAGUAGCUGAUAACAAAAAGAUGGCAUUUAAUUCGAAGGAAACUUUCACGCAUGAAGAAGUUAAUGCUGCAAUCUUGACAGCUGCAACAAACAGCAAAAUGCAUGAGGUACAGGAGUUAGGAGCCCAUACAAAUGAACCGAGAGAUGAACAAAAAUGGGAGAAAGUUUCGUACAGAAAGGACUUCAAGAAUAACAGAAGAUACAUGAUAGGUGGUAAUGAAGAGAACUCAAGCAUCAGUACUGUACCCAAAAUGGUAUCACUACAUGUCACACGCCUCAGUCCAGAUACAAACGCUGAUGAUUUGAAGAAGGUUCUUAAAAAACACUUUCCAGAAGCACAGUCUGAAGAUUAUUAUUUCUUGAACAACUGGUGUCGCUAUUCAUCAUUCCCUCUAUGCUACACGAUAAUCAGAGGUACAAAGAUCACCAAUGAUUUUUAUGGAACCUUGAAGAAAGCUGAAAAUGAGAAAAUCGCCAUCACAAUGGAAUACUUCCCACUUGGAUAUUUGAUGGUUAGUAGGUUUGAAGAACAAGUACUCAAUCAUGGAGAGGGCACGAAGCCACAGUCGUCUGUUUUUCUGAAAAUGAGGCAUCUUUCAAAUACUUUCUUCCUUUUAGGAUGUGGACUAGUAUUAUCAUUCAUCGUAUUUCUCAUGGAAAUCUUCAUGAUGAGACGAAAUAAGAAGCUGAUCUGCAUACUCUGAAAAAACAACUGAAAUGUUGAAAUAAGUACCUAGUCAUAAAUGAAAAUAAAUCAAUUGAAAUUCAACAGAGGUGAACUAUUGGAGUACACAGUGGCGUAGCUAUGGACGGGCAGUUCGGUGCGGUGCACCGGGGCAUUGGGGCCCCGGAGGGGCCCCUAUAUCCCAAUCUGCAUUAGCAGGUAUAAUGCAAGAAAGUAUUGGUGUGCAAAUUAAUUC